AUGGUGGAGCAUGAAGUAAACGGCACUGACGAUGGAUCGUCAGUUCCCAUUAUGAGUCUUGACAUGACAUGGACGUUAAACCCCAGCGUCACAUAUGCAGCAGGUGUUUUUGUAGUGAUUGCUUGUAUUUUGUCAUUUGCCGACACGCGUGAACACUUGGCUCGAUUUGACUACCCACAAAUGCAGAUCAUUAUAAUUCGUAUCAUUGCAAUGAUUCCCAUAUAUGGAAUUUUUUCACUUUUGUCACUUGUCCUUGUAAAUAUGCGUUUCUUUCUCGAGACUAUACGAGACACAUACGAGAGUUUCGUCCUAUAUAUGUUCUUUAUCCUACUUUUAAAGUACUGUGGUGGUGAGGGACAAUUGUUGCGCUCACUAAAGGCAAAACGUUAUAAAGGCGUACAUCUAUUUCCUGUUUGUUUUUUGCCAAUGUAUCCACUUGACACCGCGUUCUAUCUUCGAUGUAAACGUUGGGUGUUGCAAUGUGCUCUGAUAAAACCGUUAUGCUCCUUUCUCGCUAUGGUGCUCCAUCCUAUCGGCGUUUACAAUGAAGGUGACUUCUCACUAAACAAUGCAUACACUUAUGUGGCAAUCAUUAUUAACUUCAGUCUUACAAUGUCGUUAUAUUACCUCGUUCUAUUUGAGGUUGAACUUGAGAAGGAGUUACACUACGCAAAACCUUUUCUUAAGUUUUUGUGUAUUAAAACAAUUAUUUUCUUUAGUUUUUGGCAAAGUGUUAUGGUGAGUUUGCUCGUAAAGGCAAACUUACUUUAUACAGGUAAGACAGAACAUGAACAGGAGCGUGUCGCUGCAGCUAUUCAAGAUCUUCUUAUGUGUUUUGAAAUUCUUCCUGUCGCACUUAUGCACCGUGCGGCCUUUGGGCGUAAAAAAUUAGAUGAAGAGAUGGCUGCUGUACCCAUGUACAUUAAAGACGAAAGCAACCGUAAUAUUCGAAGUAAUAUUGACGCAGCCUUAAGUAUUAAUGACGUUAUUGAAGAUACUCUAGCCACUAUUUUUUAUCGCCGAGGUAAACUUGUGGAUCAGGAAAAUACCGAAUAUGAUAAUCCUGAUGACAUGGAUCAAACCAAUAGUAAUAAAGCGAAAGGUAAUGCCAUUUCAGCAUCUCCGACGCCUGGUUCUGCUGUUGGUGGUGGAUUUGGUGAGAUGGACGAGGCGAUGGUGGUGUAUGGCCGGGACCCAACAGUGGGGGAACUCGUCCAUCAUGCGAUCGCAACAGACUACGGCGUGCGGGCGGACGGUCUGCUGCACUUUGAUGAUGACAGCGAUAGAGAAGAACGUAAUCGUGAUAUGAAUUUCACGGACACCGAUGUUAUUAUGCGUCGCACACGGCAUGAAGAGGCGAGUGAGGCGGUAAAAGUGGACACAGAACUUCUGCAGAGUCAUCAAACACAGAUGCAGACAAACACGCCACAAAUUUACUGCGUUGUGUGUGGUCGAUUUGAUCGUGAAAUGGUGCGUCGGAAAAAUGGCUACAAAUGCAAAGAGUGUAUUGGUGUCAAGAGUAAGGCGUUGUUGCGUACCUACCAGAGAGAGACACUACAGCCCAGUGAUGAGGGUUCUCUUGGUCCACCAAAGUCAAAAUAA